CUCUAGGAAUAACAUUACCCGCGUCGACUCCAAGCAGAAGUUCCAAAACUCCAUAUCUGCGGGUAAGGUCAGCAAUUUCGGGCGGCUAGGCGCCAGUGACUUGGCCAUGGCGAUACAGAACAUACAGACCAGCCGACCCAACUCUCCGCGAAAUCCAGAGAUAAUGGGAAGCCGUUCGACGAUUGGGUUUGCGUGGCAGAAGUAA